AUGCUGAGGAUGCGGACCAUGGGAUGGGCGCGCGCCUGGUGCCUGGGCUGCUGUCUCCUCUUGCCGCUCUCGGUAAGCCUGGCGGCCGCCAAGCAACUCCUCCGGUACCGACUGGCCGAGGAGGGCCCAGCAGACGUCCGCAUCGGCAACGUCGCUUCGGACUUGGGCAUCGUGACCGGCUCCGGUGAGGUGACUUUCAGCCUCGAGUCGGGCUCGGAGUACCUGAAGAUCGACAACCUCACCGGCGAGCUGAGUACCAGCGAGCGGCGCAUCGACCGCGAGAAGCUACCCCAGUGUCAGAUGAUCUUCGACGAAAACGAGUGCUUCCUGGACUUCGAGGUGUCGGUGAUCGGGCCCUCGCAGAGCUGGGUGGACCUGUUCGAGGGUCGGGUCAUUGUGCUCGACAUUAACGACAACACGCCCACCUUCCCGUCGCCCGUGCUCACGCUCACGGUGGAGGAGAACCGGCCAGUGGGCACUCUCUACCUGCUGCCCACUGCCACCGACCGUGAUUUCGGCCGCAACGGCAUCGAACGCUACGAGCUGCUUCAGGAACCCGGGGGCGGCAGCAGCGGCGGCGAGGGCCGGCGCGCCGGGCCUGCAGACAGCGCCCCCUACCCCGGGGGCGGCGGGAACGGCGCGAGCGGCGGCGGCCCGGGUGGUUCCAAGAGGCGGCUGGACGCACCAGAGGGCGGCGGCGGGACCAGCACCGGCGGCCGCAGCAGCGUGUUCGAACUGCAGGUGGCUGACACCCCGGAUGGCGAAAAGCAGCCGCAGCUGAUCGUGAAGGGGGCGCUGGACCGCGAACAGCGAGACUCCUACGAGUUGACCCUGCGUGUACGCGACGGUGGCGACCCGCCUCGCUCCUCCCAGGCCAUCCUGCGGGUACUUAUCACAGACGUGAACGACAACAGUCCCCGCUUCGAGAAGAGCGUGUACGAGGCUGACCUGGCGGAGAACAGCGCCCCGGGGACCCCCAUCCUGCAGCUGCGUGCCGCCGACCUGGACGUGGGGGUCAACGGGCAGAUCGAGUACGUGUUCGGGGCGGCUACCGAGUCCGUGCGGCGCCUGCUGCGCCUCGACGAGACGUCCGGCUGGCUCAGUGUCCUGCACCGUAUCGACCGCGAGGAAGUGAACCAGCUGCGCUUCACCGUCAUGGCCCGCGAUCGCGGGCAGCCCCCCAAGACCGACAAGGCCACGGUGGUCCUUAAUAUCAAGGACGAGAACGACAAUGUGCCGUCCAUUGAAAUCCGCAAGAUCGGGCGUAUCCCACUAAAGGACGGGGUGGCCAACGUGGCCGAGGACGUUCUGGUCGACACUCCCAUCGCCCUGGUACAGGUGUCUGACCGAGACCAAGGCGAGAACGGAGUGGUCACCUGCACCGUGGUGGGCGAUGUGCCCUUCCAACUCAAGCCGGCCAGUGACACAGAGGGCGACCAGAACAAGAAAAAGUACUUCCUGCACACCUCGGCCCCUUUGGACUAUGAGACCACCCGGGAGUUCAACGUGGUCAUAGUGGCGGUGGACUCGGGCAGUCCCAGCCUCUCCAGCAACAACUCCCUGAUUGUCAAGGUGGGAGACACCAAUGACAACCCGCCCGUCUUCGGUCAGUCGGUGGUGGAGGUAUAUUUUCCCGAGAACAACAUCCCUGGAGAGAGGGUAGCCACGGUGCUGGCGACAGACGCAGACAGUGGGAAAAACGCUGAAAUCGCCUACUCGCUGGACUCUUCCGUGAUGGGGAUCUUUGCCAUCGACCCAGAUUCUGGGGACGUCCUCGUCAAUACGGUGCUGGACCGCGAGCAGACUGACAGGUAUGAGUUUAAAGUUAACGCCAAAGACAAAGGCAUCCCGGUGCUACAGGGCAGCACCACAGUGAUUGUGCAGGUGGCUGACAAGAAUGACAAUGACCCUAAGUUUAUGCAGGACGUCUUUACCUUUUAUGUGAAAGAAAACUUGCAGCCCAACAGUCCCGUGGGAAUGGUCACAGUGAUGGAUGCUGACAAGGGGCGCAAUGCGGAGAUGAGUCUGUACAUAGAGGAGAACAGUAACAUUUUUUCCAUUGAAAAUGACACGGGGACCAUUUACUCCACAAUGUCUUUUGACCGGGAACAUCAGACCACAUACACAUUCAGAGUCAAGGCUGUGGAUGGGGGAGAUCCUCCCAGAUCCGCAACAGCUACAGUCUCUCUCUUUGUGAUGGAUGAGAAUGACAAUGCCCCCACAGUUACCCUUCCCAGAAACGUUUCCUACACUUUACUGCCACCUUCAAGUAAUGUCAGGACAGUAGUAGCUACGGUGUUGGCAACAGACAGCGAUGAUGGCAUCAAUGCAGACCUUAACUACAGCAUUGUGGGAGGGAAUCCCUUCAAGCUGUUUGAGAUUGAUUCCACCAGUGGUGUGGUUUCCUUAGUGGGAAAACUCACCCAAAAGCAUUAUGGCUUGCACAGAUUGGUGGUGCAAGUGAAUGAUAGUGGGCAGCCUUCCCAGUCUACCACGACUCUGGUGCAUGUGUUUGUCAAUGAAAGUGUUUCUAAUGCAACUGUGAUUGACUCCCAGAUAGCCAGAAGUUUGCACACCCCACUCACCCAGGAUAUAGCCGGUGACCCAAGCUAUGAAAUAAGCAAACAGAGACUCAGUAUUGUCAUUGGGGUUGUUGCUGGAAUUAUGACGGUGAUUCUAAUCAUCUUAAUUGUAGUGAUGGCAAGAUAUUGCCGGUCCAAAAAUAAAAAUGGCUAUGAAGCCGGCAAAAAAGAUCACGAAGACUUUUUUACACCGCAACAGCAUGACAAAUCUAAAAAGCCUAAAAAGGACAAGAGAAACAAAAAAUCUAAGCAGCCUCUCUACAGCAGCAUUGUCACUGUAGAAGCUUCUAAACCAAAUGGACAGAGGUAUGAUAGUGUCAACGAGAAGCUGUCAGACAGCCCAAGCAUGGGCCGAUACCGAUCAGUUAACGGUGGGCCUGGCAGUCCUGACCUGGCCAGGCAUUACAAAUCUAGUUCCCCAUUGCCUACUGUCCAGCUUCACCCCCAAUCACCAACUGCAGGAAAAAAACACCAGGCCGUACAAGAUCUACCACCAGCUAACACAUUUGUGGGAGCAGGAGACAACAUUUCAAUUGGAUCAGAUCACUGCUCUGAGUACAGCUGUCAAACCAAUAACAAGUACAGCAAACAGAUUGAAUUUAUUAAAUACUUCACUCUACCAUGAUAUUCCUCAAAGGACAAAUGACACUGAUGAGCCCGCCACCAAGCCCAUGUGAGAACCACAACUUAGUAAGGCAUCCUUUCAUUUUGACUCUUCUCCCCUCCUCUGGAUCUCAACUGUGUGCGUGUCUUAGGGAGACAUAUCCAGAAAUGAAUCACAUCGGGUCUCACAGAAUGCCUUCUUCCUUGUCAUCCUCUUUGUAAUUCUGUCUGCACCCUACAUUAAGAAAGACCCACAUGCUUCAACUCUACUUCUAAAAUCAGGUGUCUGCAAAUUCCCCUUAAUCCUGAGGUUGACCAUUUGGUUGGGUGCUUCCUAAAGGAACUGCUGUCUAAUAGGCGCCUCUUACUUGUAUCUAACUAUAUUCUCAUCAGACACUAAGCAGGAAUAGUCAAAUCUUUUAGGACUUUUAGAUUGAAGGUCAGAAAGAGGCUGGAUUCUCGGCAGCAUCCAAUAUAUGUAGACCUAGGGAAAUGGUUUUCAGAUUUUUGCCUGCAAGGAUUCACUGGAGGAGCUUUUAGGAAGUGCAGUUCCGCUUUUGUUCACGGCAGGCAUGGGCCAGGUUCAUACAUUUUUAAAAAGCACCCUGGGUAAUUCUUAUGGAAAAUACUUUAGAGCAGCACUAUCCAAUAGAAAUAUAAUACAAGCCACACAUGUAAUUUUACAUUUUCUAGUAGGCAUAAUAAUACAAUAAAAAAGCAGAUAAGGGCUUCCCUGGUGGCGCAGUGGUUGAGAGUCUGCCUGCCGAUGCGGGGGACACGGGUUCGUGCCCCGGUCCGGGAAGAUCCCACAUGCCGCGGAGCAGCUGGACCUGUGAGCCAUGGCCACAGAGCCUGUGCGUCCGCAGCCUGUGCUCCGCAACGGGAGAGGCCACAGCAGUGAGAGGCCCACGUACCACACACACACACACACACACAAAAAGCAGAUAAAAUUAAUUUUACUUAUGUAUUUUAUUUAACCUCAUAUAUCCAAAAUAUUAUGAGUAUUUAACCAAUAUAAAAUUAUCAGGCUGACCAAAAAGUUUGUUUGGGGUUUUCAUAGGAUGUUACGGAAAAACCAGAACGAACUUUUUGGCCGACCCAAUAUUAAUGAAAUAUUCCUUUAUAAAAAGGAAUUCCAUUCCUUUCAUAAAAAAUUAAGUCUUCAAAAUCUGGCAUGUAUUUUACAACAACAGCGCAUCAUCUCAGUUCAAGUACUUAGUAACCAUAUUUCAGGUACUCAUUUCAAGUACUUAGUAACCGUAUUUCAAGAGCUAGUGACUACCAUAUUGGACAACACAGCUUCAGAGAAUUGCUUUCAAAUCUAGUAAAUAAGCUUUCAGUGGUAAAUAAAAACAUGCUUUCUUUUCGUGCUUAUCAUGUGCUUGGCACUAAGUUCUUAAAAUGCAUCAUAUUAUAAAAUCCAAGCAACAGAAAUAGGAGGUAGGUAUGCUAUUUUACCUACUUGGCUGGAAAAACACAAACAUAGAGGUUAGUAUGUCAAAAUCAUAAAGAAAGUAAGAGACAGAACGGUUUGAUAUGCUCUCAGAGAGCAUCUUCUAACCACCCUUGAGUACCCCCUUCUAUACCAUGCUUCUUUCUCGAACAAUUAAAUGAAACACGGGCUUCUCUCUAGUUUAAGGUCUUAGACACAUGUUCAAGGGAUUGUGUGAUAUAAAUAUAACAUAAAAUAGAAUUCAGAGGUAACUAACUGGAUUAUAUUUAUAUAUUAACCCUCAUGCCACUUAAACUCCCAGAAUUGGAAUAAGCAUCCUUGGCAUGGGAUGCUUGGGAGGACUGGACAUAAAAACUGUGUAUUUUGAAAAUGCCAAAAUAUUAUGAGUGGCUUUUUUAUCAGUUUUAUAUUUCUUAAGAUUAGUGGGUUUUUUCUCUCUGAGGAAAUAGGAAACAUUAUAACCAAUAAUAUAAUAAGGCCAUUUACUGAUGAUUAUUAUCUUAAAUAUGAAUGAAUAAAUAAAUAAAGUGGGCCAAUGUGUAAUAAAACUAUAAGAGCUGCAGUUUUUCAAGGGCAAGACUCUCACCAUAUCAUCAUUUGUUCAAAGAAGGUUGUCAAAAGUUAUUUACUCUUCUUUUCCCUUGCUUCCUGAACGCAUGCUAUGAACAUCUUCAUUUAUUUUAGUUCUAACUUGGUUGAUUAAAGAAAAAUGGCUCCCUUUGCUUUUAAUAUUGCUGAAUAUUUGAAGAUCAAUUGCAGCUAUUAAAUUAAAAUAGUUUACCCCUCGAGGACUUUCAAAGACCAAAGAAAAUAUUAUUUUAAAUGGAAAAUGUUAGUCUUCUAUUAUUACUGUCUUGGACUGGAUUGCAUUAGAUCUUCAGAUUAAGGCAGCAAGUGCUUUGAAAAUGUAAAGCCAGUUGUACCAUGUAGAAUGAAAAUAAACACAAAAUCGAAUAAACAUGUUAUUUAUCUUGGUUUUUAUAAGCAGAAUCAACUUAUUGGAUUCAUAUUUAUCUAUCAUUAGACUGAAUCUACAUACAGUCAGAAUGUUCCAAAAUUGAUUACUAACCCAAAUGAGAAGGUCAUGGAUAAAUUGCAAACAGCAAUUUAAAUAUAUUAUAUUUGGCCUAAAAUAGAUGUAUUAUUUUUAAAUCUUUAUUGUUCUAAUCCUGCAUGUACAGUGAUAUGUCAGUGAGUAAGAUUUUUUUAGAAACAUUCUGAUAUAAAGUCAAAUUAGAGUUAAAAUUUUUGUGUAGAUGAUUCACCAUGAAGAUCUCUCAUACAUAGACAAUUCAGUGUAAAUUAUUUUCAUAUCGAUGGCUCUCUUAAAUUGUUUAUGUAAAAUUACCCACGUAUAAGAUAAACAUGGAAGCUUAGAAACUUCUCUUGAUGUUGAGGCUACAUUCAUUACCAAGUCACAGUGUUACAUCACGUACAGCUGUUACCUCGUGGGUGUAGCUGUCUAGUCAGAAGUAGGAAAUAUAAUCCCAGAGUGCUCUGUUAGCCUGGGAUUUCAGGAUCAGUUUUGGUUUUGAUCCCACUAUUUCUCACAUCCCUUUUCAUUAAUGAUGAAAUAGGGUCUCAAUAUCCUAAGCUGCCACUUGGAAAGAGAAAAAGGAAGAUAAUGCUGCUCACAUCCUAGUAAUUUGGUAUCUAAGUUUCUUCUUGCUUUACUAUAAAUACUUACUUGCAUUUUGAUAAAUUUAUACAUUUUCAGCAUAAUUCACUGCAUAACCUUUACUAUUUGGAACAAAAAUGAAACUUAGAAACAAGAAAAAAGAGUACCAAGUAACUAAAAAAGGGUGCUACCAAAUGUACUUUGGAAACCUCACAUAACUCACUUCUGGGUCCUUACUCAGAACCUGCUGCUUCUCAUUUAUCCAUGAUUGUACCAAAUGUACUUAUUUGUUUUCCUACUCCUAACUUAAAGCAGCCAAUUAGAAUCCAAAUGAAGUAAUUAACACUACAUAUGUGUUCUGAUAUCAGAAGUAAAUAAGUAUUUAAUAUAUGUAUCUAAGAGAGAAUCUUUAUCUGGAUCCAUAAGUAAAUUUACACAUACUUCACUGACUUCAGAUGACACCAGCUUAGACAGCCUGAUUAGUAUUUAUAAUGAUCUUGGAGUCUUCAUGUAUCCUUUGUUUAAGAAUUCAGGUUACUAUGGAACACGUUUUGUAAAAUUUCCACCCCAAAUGGUUGAAUGUGUGUUUAAUAGGUACGUUACCGUACAGAUUUAAUUGUCAUGAACGUCAAUGAGCCAUCCUUGUAUAUAAUUUUAAGUAACGACGACUCAAGAAUUUCGAAUCAUAAAGGGUUUAUAGUUUAUAGUUGACCCUAACGUUUAUCUAUGUAACAAUGCCCAAUCAAUCAUGAUGGCAGAUAUUUUAAAGACAUAGAAGUAAAUGUUGCUGUUAAAUAUAUAGAUAUAUUUCAAUAUAAAGAUAUUGAAAGAAAUAAAGUGUGCAAGUGGCCUUAAAAUACUGGCCUUAAGUUUCACCAAAUCUUUAUUGUUUUUUAAGAUGAUGACUGCCAUCCUAAUUCUACUAAAAUGCACACAAUUGACCUGAUUGACUGUUUGGUCUCUUAUCUCAUCUGUAUUCUUGCAUAUAUGAUCUGCUUGGGGAAUUUUCUUUGUAAUUAAGAAGAGGCCACUUAAGGGAAAGGGGAGUAGGGCUGCAGUCACUUAGAAUGGAUUCAGGUACCUGAGUCCAAGUAAGAAGGAAAGUAAAGUGGCAAUUAUGUAUUAAGGUGUCUCAUUUCCUGCACAUUGUUCCUGAAAACUACUUGGAAUGAUAAAGUCAUGAUAUUGGAUAACCAACCUGAAAACCCUCCUAACUUUGAUAUACAAAUCCUAUUUUGCCACCUUAAAUCUAAGAGCAAGAAAGGCCUCUUAUCCAUGGCAUCUGAUGACUUUAUAGCUAAUGAUCAUAGAUCAUACCUUCUAGCCUGGAAUAGAGGCUAUAUGUUGUCCUCACAGAGAUUUUUCUUUAUUGUUUUUAACACUCUGGAAUAUUUUUUUGUUUGUUUGGUUUUGGAUUUUUUUUCCUUUUUUUUUUCCUUAAACAUUCUGGAAGUGUAUCUUUAGGGCCUGGUAACUUUAGGUACCUUUAGAACUACUUGUCCAAGGUUCUGCUUAUUUUCUGAUUUUACACUUUCAUGAGCUACUCUUGUACUUCUGGUGGAGACAUUGGCAUGAACAGAUGCCAAGGGGACCAAGGGGAUAAGUUUUUCCUUAUUUUCACAAUUGUAUUUUCUAGACUUUACAACUGCUUAAAUUUUAGGAUCUGAUUGGUAAAUCUAGGAUGCUGAGAAAAAAAAAGUAAUUUAAAUAUGCAUGCGUGCACAUAUGUUUUUUUCUUUUUUCUUUGCAGAUUCUACAUAAUUUUUAAACCCUUUUCUGUAUUCUCCAACCAAGGAGAGUGUGCAGUGUGCAGGGGUUAGAGGGUGGAGCGUUUUAACAGUUGGGAGAGUUAAAGAAGGCAUGAAAGGAUUUGAGUCAAUAAUGACUUCAGAUAUUCAGGUUGUUAAAUUAGUACUUCCUCUCCCACCUGUUAGUGGUUUACUAGAAGGCAGUCCGUUCCAUUUAGACUGUGUCAGUCAAGGGGGUCGGUCAAUUAUCUAGCCUGCAUAUGUAUAAUUGGGAGGGAGGGAGGCGGAGCCAAACUCCCUUGAGACAGGAAGGGAGCCCAGUAAUGCCUAUUAAGAGACACUAGUGGGCUUGGAAAAGACGUCACAGGAAAGAGAGGCUGGGGACUCCAUACCAGUGGGAUCUUUUCCUUUACGUGUAGGAGGAAAAAAUAAAAAAAAAAAGAAACUGAAAAGCGCCCCCCGCUUAAAUGUAAAACGCUACUGUGUUGUAAGCUAGAUCUAGUAUUGCAACUACCAGAAUUUUGAGAGGAUGUUUAUAUACAGUUUUAAAAAGGACACCUAAAAUUCAAGUUUUGGUUACUUUUUUUUUUGGUAAGAAUUCACUUGCAAAGUGAUAUGAUCUAACAAGAGUUUUGAUGUGCUAAAUGAUAACAAUACAUCAUUUGGAAUUUUAAUUUUAUGAUAACUGCUUCAGUGCUUCAGUGCUUCAGUGAGUGGAGGGAAAACACAUGUUUUUAAAUUUACUUAACUGAGAUACGGCUGUAUUUACAACUAUCAUAUAGUAAUGUGUGUUAUUUGUAGAAGUACUGUAUUAUAUAAAAUCUCAAACCUAGAGGACCAAUUGUAUAUAUAAAAUAGUAAAAUAGUGGCUCAUUUAUAUAAGAAAAAAUCUCUUUUGUAUUUUAUUAACAUUUUUUAUAAAAAUUUACCAAAAAAUGAUUUUCUAGAAUGUUAUGUCUGAUUCAUUUAUAUUAUAGUUAUUUCCAUUUUCAUCACAUUCUCUUCAAAUUGCAAUAGUUUGGAAUUAAUACAGUUUUAUUUCAGUUACAAACAGAUGCAUGAAAUGUACUGUUUAUCAAAAAGAUGUUAAAAGAUAGGUUUACAAGUGAAAA